AUGAAUCAUACAAGUCCCGACCACAUCGACGGAAAUGUAUUUGCUACAAUACGACCAAUACACCGAAGUCAACAAGCCGAACUGUCUACAGAGAUGGAAGAUGAGCAUCCACUAACUGUCGAUAUUACGCCGUUCAAGAACACAUCAUUAUUUUUCAGUCUUACACUUCGUUCAUUAGGCGUUAUUUUCGGUGACAUAGGUACAUCACCACUAUAUGUUCUUAGUACAAUAUUCGAUUUUCAACCAUCCGAAGCACAAUGCAUUGGAGCAGUAAGCUUGAUUAUUUGGAGUUUAAUUGUUGCCGUAUCAAUCAAAUAUGGUAUUUUUAUACUUAUGGCUGAUAACUUUGGUGAAGGUGGAACAUUUGCUUUAUGUGGGUUAUUGACAAGUGAAAAGAGUUUUUUGGGUCCGAGAAUGAAAAAAGUGAUAAUCGUUGUAUCGCUACUAGCUGGAUCUCUCUUACUUGGUGAUGGUGCAUUAACACCAGCUGUAUCAGUGCUAUCAGCUGUUGAGGGGCUGGCUGUCGAAGCUCCCAAAUUACAACGCUGGAUUGUACCGAUAACGGUGAUCAUUUUAAUUCUUCUUUUCGUUGCUCAACGAUGGGGAACAUCGAAAAUCGGUGUUACUUUUGGACCCAUCAUGUGCUUGUGGUUUUUUUCUUUGUUUGCAAUCGGUAUUUGGCGAAUAACUUAUAAACCGAUCAUUUUCAAAGCAUUUAAUCCAUGGGAAGCAUUUCAUUAUCUUAUAAUAGAAAAGAAAAGAGGUUUCUAUCAGAUUGGUGGCGUUUUUCUCUCUGUUACUGGCCUUGAAGCAUUGUACGCUGAUUUAGGCCAUUUUGGACGGUGGCCAAUUCGUUGUUCGUGGUUCUUCAUCGUCUUUCCUGCAGUAUUGUUCAACUAUUUAGGACAAGGUGCACUGUUAAUUGUCGACCCGACUUUGAUCGAUAGUCCAUUUUAUCAUUCUGUUCCGCGUUGGGGACAUUGGCCCAUGAUCAUUCUUGCUACCGUAGCGACAAUAAUUGCAUCACAAGCUAUAAUCACUGGCAGUUUUUCGUUGAUCAGUCAAGCGAUCGGUAUGGAGUGUUCGGUACCAUUUCAAAUAUGGCAUACAUCAAAAACGAUAGUUGGUCAAAUCUAUGUUCCGACCUUAAACUACCUAUUAAUGAUCCUCACUAUUGCUGUCGUUGUUGGAUUUCAAACGGGUUCUAAUAUUACUAAUGCUUAUGGAGUAACUGUUUGCAGCGUAAUGGUCAUCACAACUGUCUUAUACAUGCUCGUUCUUCGCUAUACGUGGCGCAAACCAUGGUAUAUUGUUGCACCCUUCGGUAUAUUUCUUAUUUUUGACCUUUAUACAUGGUCAUCAAAUGCAAUCAAGAUUCCUUCUGGAGGAUGGGUGGCUAUUCUGAUUGGAUGUGGAUUUUUCAUUCUUGGUUUUUGCUGGUUUUUCGGUCAAUUGCAAUUACGUCGUUUUUUAAGGGGUCAUUCGCAGACAACCAGUCUUAACAUCUUAGUAAUAAGACUUGGUCUAUUAAUUCGAGGCUCACGACAAGACUCUCAAUUUUCUCUAACUGAUAUUCCUAUCAUUACAACGGCUAAAGGAACUCACGGAGACAAUAUUUCAUUGUCGGAUUCAGAUUCAGAUGUUGAUUUUGAUACGAAUGACAAUGAAACUCUACCCAGAGUUCAAAGUCGUGUGCAAUUAAUACAAAGUGUACCAAUAACAUCAUCGUCCAAUACAUCUUUCAACUUUGAGUUAAAUAACAUGAAUGCUAAUGAUGUCAUUCCAGCUGUAGUGACACCAGGUGUUGCAUGUUUUCUAACUACAUCGAAGAAACAUACGCCUCAUGUAUUUGAAAGUUUUCUGUCGCACAUGCAUUCCAUACCUCAAGUGAUUAUAUUUCUCAAAAUUGAACAUACAAAACGAGCGAUAAUCAAGGACAAUGAACGUCUUACAGUGAAAAUCUAUGGUGACAAUAUUUAUCAUAUUACAGCGUUGUACGGCUAUUCUGAAUGUCGAAUAAAACCCUACCAGAUUUUAUUACUUGCUCAUACUCAACACAAUGUGCCAAUACCAAAUAAUGAGUUACAAGUUACAUUUUUCGUCGCAAACGAAGCAAUUAAAGUAUCAACAGUUGGAUGGCGAAGCUGGUUUCGACGUUGGCCAUUAUAUAUCUAUUCGAUCCUAAAAAGUUUGUAUCCAGGAGCAGCAGGGAACAUUAAAUUAAAUCCUGAGAGUACUAUUAGUAUUGGUAUAUUGGCCAAGUUGGACUAA